UUUUUGGGAACUCGAGGAUGAAUACCCUUCAAAAUGCAUAGCUUUUGAAACGUUUCCAGGCUCACUUGAAGCUUUCUUCUAGCCUUCGCAGCGGAUAUGUAGGCCUUUGCGGCGCCUUGAGCAUGCUUUUUCUGUCCCAUUCUUCUUCUCAAUUCCCUCCAAUCAAUAACGAUGGCUUAUCGAAAACUUGAAACUCGCGUGCCUUCUUAUUUGGACGAAGUUUUAGGUAAGGUGUCUUCGUUACCGAAUGACUUGAAGCAGCAUUUUUCAAAAAUACGAGAGUUAGACGCAAGAUGUGUGGCACUGCAAGCUGAGGCAGAAAGACUGAAUGAAGAGUGUCAGGAAAGAGGUCAAAGUAAAAGUAGAAGUACAGAGAGUUUAAAGAAUAUAUGGAAAGAACUGGAGGAGACACAGAGAGAGAUGAUUGCCUUGACGGAUCAAAAAGUGAAGCUUGCAGAAAAAGCAUACGACUCGGUAGACCGUAAUGUGAGACAAUUGGACGAGAAGCUUCGGGAAUUUGAAGCGCAUUUGAGAGCAGAAGGAAAAUGGCCUUUAAAUGUGCAAGACCGAAGAGUUUCUAUUGGCUCUGGUUCCACUCUAAAGUCUUCAAGAGAACGAAGCGAGAGAAAGCUUUCAAACCUUGCUGUAAUUGAGGAUAUGCCAGUAGACCCAAAUGAACCUCGUUACUGUUAUUGUAAUCAAGUCUCAUAUGGUGAAAUGAUUGCUUGUGAUAAUACUAACUGUCCAUACGAAUGGUUUCACUUCCAGUGUGUUGGAUUGACAUCAGCUCCUGAAGGUGUUUGGAGGUGUCCUGAUUGUAGAAGUGGUGGAGCUAAUAGGGCUCGUUGACAAGUUUGUACAAAACAAAUUAACAAAGUUUGGAAUCUCUUGGAGUUGUAAUUUGCGCCAAAAUGGAUUAGCAUUGUCGUUAUCUCAAAAGUAUGGUUAGGUUAUGAAUAUUGUAUCAU